AUGCCAGCAACCAACCAUUUCACCUCAACUUCUCUUGAUAACAAUACUAGCCCCACAUCAACAGUUAGUACAUCCACAGUACCAACAGUCAGCACUUUGUCAAGCACCACUAAAAUCUUUCCCAACACUACUGUUACUGGGACCAUACCGUCUACAACUCCUCGCUGUCCUGAUUCCGUCUAUGGAGAUGAAUGCAUUUAUGGAGUGAAUGACACCUCUCCCAACAUCGAUCCAGGAACACUGCCAUCUCGAAAAGUAAACGUCACCUUGAAAAUUGAUAUUACUUUUGUUAUUGCUUUUGAAAAUUUAAAUUCACCUGAAGCAAUAACAUUCAUCAAAGGAUUAUUGUCUGAGCUGGAACCUUUAUGCUUUGAAGCUGAUCCAUCCACCUUCAAAAAAGUAAAAGUCGUCAAGUUAUCAAGUGGAAGUGUAAUUGCUGACACUGAAGUAGAGUACAUCUAUCCAAACAAUCAAACUCAAAUCAAUUUUGUCAAUGAUCAUUUGGAUGGGGUGUUGACUGGCAUAUUGAAUGACACGACAAACCUCAAGAAGAUUGCCUCGGCUGUGAAUGCAACAAGUGCACAGUUAAAUAACGUCACUUUUCAGGCACCAAAUAUCACAAAUAUCACACAACUGGAACCCUUUAUUAACUGCUCUAACUUUGUUGAUUACACACCUGAGCUUUCCAAUGGUCAAUGGGAGUGUGUCGGACCUUGCAAAACUCACCCAAACUACUGUAAUCGACAUGGAGACUGUUAUAAUAAUAUUUAUAAAGGACCCAUCUGCAAAUGCUACAGCUCCAGCCUUGAACAGUAUUCUGGUCCACAGUGUGAUCUCUUCCGCUACGGCCCAGGUUUCUACGGAGCCCUGUUUGGAUCACUGGCCGGAGCCCUCCUGCUCUUGAUUAUCAUCGUUAUCGCUGUCCUUGUCAAAAAGAGGCACAGUGGCAUGUGGAAAAGAAGUAAUUCCUAUGACAGAAGACUGUCUGCUUUUGAGGAGGAUUUCUUUGACUUUUCUCACACAGGAGAUCACAACCUGGGCUUUGCAGGCACUUACACACCACAGGGUUUUAGGCCUCAUGCAGAAAAUGUUGCAGGUGUUAACACAUCAUCCAGAGGUUUCUGAACAUCAACCCUAGACUAUAAAUGUUUGUUUUGAUUAUGAGUGUCCAUGCUAGCAAUAAUUACAUAUCUAUUGAUUUCAUUUUA